AUGUCUGCUCGGGUAGUCGACGACUUUCCUCGAGUCGACUCGCUGACGCUCGAGGAGCAGGAAACAGCAGCAUGUGCGGCGGUGCUGGCGGCGCUAAGGGGCUUCCCCUCGUCGCUGGUGGCAGUCAGUCUGGUGAACGAGAGGGGCAUGUGCCGGGCACGUGCCAGCAUCGUCUCGGAACUGCCUAACCGCCUGGACUACAAUGUUAACGCGGACGCACAAGCACUGCUGCCUUUAAUCACAGACACCGCCCUCCUCCGCCAUUUCACGGAGCGUCACGAGUCAUCUCACACUCGCGCUGCCAUGCUCUGCACGUCGCUGCCAGAGCCGCGAGGCCUGCCUUUGGAGCAGCAGCACACGAGCCAGUGCCUUCAGGCCCUCGCCCAGGCCAUCCGCGUUUUCCUUGAUAACACAGCCAUGCUGUUGUGCAAGCUGGAGAGUCAGUGUGAGAGCCACAGCAUGAGGUUGCUGGAGCUCAAGCGGUGCAUUCAGCCCGUAGCGGACGGAGUGAGGGUGCUUACGCCCAUUGUGAGAGGGGUGGACGAUGAAGGAUGGGGAUCCACAGAGGUUCUUGACAUGCUGCAUGCAGCGUCCACCCGACCAGAUGUGAGGGAGGCGGAGGGUCUUAUUCGUUUUGUGCUGCAAGCCACAUGCGCCCCUUACCUUCACCUUCUUUCCUCGUGGAUGCAGGAGGGGCGACUGGACGACGACAUUCACAGCGACUUCUUCAUUUCCGCAUGCACUGCUGCUUCCGCACAUGCGCACACAGCUACCACUGAUGCUGAUGCUGAAGCCACCAAUUCCGCCACGCCUGCCACGGGGCAAGGGGAAUGGAGGAGUGCAGAGGGGUGGGAAGGGGCGAAUGUGGAAGGGCAGCGGUUUGUAGUGCGGUGUGAUGCGGUGCCGGUGCUGUUUCAGCCGGUGGCUGACGAUGUCCUGGCCACGGGGCAGCUGGUGCAUGCGCUGAGGGAGCAUGGUUACUUGAAGCAGUUGAUCCCAUCAGAGGGGGAGGCACAACAGCCACAGAUGCAGCUGGGCAGUCUAGAGGAGAGCGUGGGUGCGCGCACGCAGGCAGUGCAGCAGACGAUGAUAGACCUUACAUUGAACAAGAGCCACCUGCUCGCGCAUCUGCUCACCAUCCGACGAGUGCUGCUGCUAUCCCAGGCGGAUUUCCUGUCGGACUUCAUGGCACUGGCAGGCGAGGAGCUCUGCAAGCCGGCCAGCAGGGCGUCUCAAGCUCGCAUUGAUCUCUCACUAGGCGCCUCACUGCGCUCCUCCACAGCAGCCUCUGACCCGAAUUGUGACCGCCUCUCCGCACGCCUGGUCCUUGCCGAUCCACCCAGUCCCUCCAACUCAUCGCUCCAACAGCAGCCCUUACAACCUCUGCAAUCACAGUCGCCGCCCUUACAGAGCACACCAGCACAGCCACCACAGUCGCAGCUGCAGCAGUCACGGGAGAGCAUGGACGGUGCAGAUCUACUGAGGAGCCUCCAGGCUUACGAUCAAUACGAGGACCUGCUGGGGGACGAUGCAGAUAGUGACUCUGGCGCUGCUCAUGCUGCUGCUGGCGGUGGUGGCGGUUGUGGUGGUGAUGGGGAUGACAGGCAACUCUACAGCAACCCGCUGUCGCUGCUACCCGAGGCCACCCCUGUUGGCCCAGUCAGCCCUGCGGCUGUAUCGUCCUGGUCGCUUGUCUCUCGGGGCACUCCUGCAGCAUUGCAGGCAGCACAAGGUGGAGGGGGAAGAGGGGGUGAAGGGAGGGGAGCUGCUGGGCUGAGCGUCCUUGGGGUCUCGAUGUGUUACCCCAUUGGUCACCUGCAUGUGCAUCUUCCGCUUCUUGCUCGCCUCACUCGCAUCUUCCGCUUCUUGCUCGCCUCACUCGCAUCUUCCGCUUCUUGCUCGCCUCACUCGCAUCUUCCGCUUCUUGCUCGCCUCACUCGCAUCUUCCGCUUCUUGCUCGCCUCACUCGCAUCUUCCGCUUCUUGCUCGCCUCACUCGCAUCUUCCGCUUCUUGCUCGCCUCACUCGCAUCUUCCGCUUCUUGCUCGCCUCACUCGCAUCUUCCGCUUCUUGCUCGCCUCACUCGCAUCUUCCGCUUCUUGCUCGCCUCACUCGCAUCUUCCGCUUCUUGCUCGCCUCACUCGCAUCUUCCGCUUCUUGCUCGCCUCACUCGCAUCUUCCGCUUCUUGCUCGCCUCACUCGCAUCUUCCGCUUCUUGCUCGCCUCACUCGCAUCUUCCGCUUCUUGCUCGCCUCACUCGCAUCUUCCGCUUCUUGCUCGCCUCACUCGCAUCUUCCGCUUCUUGCUCGCCUCACUCGCAUCUUCCGCUUCUUGCUCGCCUCACUCGCAUCUUCCGCUUCUUGCUCGCCUCACUCGCAUCUUCCGCUUCUUGCUCGCCUCACUCGCAUCUUCCGCUUCUUGCUCGCCUCACUCGCAUCUUCCGCUUCUUGCUCGCCUCACUCGCAUCUUCCGCUUCUUGCUCGCCUCACUCGCAUCUUCCGCUUCUUGCUCGCCUCACUCGCAUCUUCCGCUUCUUGCUCGCCUCACUCGCAUCUUCCGCUUCUUGCUCGCCUCACUCGCAUCUUCCGCUUCUUGCUCGCCUCACUCGCAUCUUCCGCUUCUUGCUCGCCUCACUCGCAUCUUCCGCUUCUUGCUCGCCUCACUCGCAUCUUCCGCUUCUUGCUCGCCUCACUCGCAUCUUCCGCUUCUUGCUCGCCUCACUCGCAUCUUCCGCUUCUUGCUCGCCUCACUCGCAUCUUCCGCUUCUUGCUCGCCUCACUCGCAUCUUCCGCUUCUUGCUCGCCUCACUCGCAUCUUCCGCUUCUUGCUCGCCUCACUCGCAUCUUCCGCUUCUUGCUCGCCUCACUCGCAUCUUCCGCUUCUUGCUCGCCUCACUCGCAUCUUCCGCUUCUUGCUCGCCUCACUCGCAUCUUCCGCUUCUUGCUCGCCUCACUCGCAUCUUCCGCUUCUUGCUCGCCUCACUCGCAUCUUCCGCUUCUUGCUCGCCUCACUCGCAUUCUUCCGCUUCUUGCUCGCCUCACUCGCAUCUUCCGCUUCUUGCUCGCCUCACUCGCAUCUUCCGCUUCUUGCUCGCCUCACUCGCAUCUUCCGCUUCUUGCUCGCCUCACUCGCAUCUUCCGGCUUCUUGCUCGCCUCACUCGCAUCUUCCGCUUCUUGCUCGCCUCACUCGCAUCUUCCGCUUCUUGCUCGCCUCACUCGCAUCUUCCGCUUCUUGCUCGCCUCACUCGCAUCUUCCGCUUCUUGCUCGCCUCACUCGCAUCUUCCGCUUCUUGCUCGCCUCACUCGCAUCUUCCGCUUCUUGCUCGCCUCACUCGCAUCUUCCGCUUCUUGCUCGCCUCACUCGCAUCUUCCGCUUCUUGCUCGCCUCACUCGCAUCUUCCGCUUCUUGCUCGCCUCACUCGCAUCUUCCGCUUCUUGCUCGCCUCACUCGCAUCUUCCGCUUCUUGCUCGCCUCACUCGCAUCUUCCGCUUCUUGCUCGCCUCACUCGCAUCUUCCGCUUCUUGCUCGCCUCACUCGCAUCUUCCGCUUCUUGCUCGCCUCACUCGCAUCUUCCGCUUCUUGCUCGCCUCACUCGCAUCUUCCGCUUCUUGCUCGCCUCACUCGCAUCUUCCGCUUCUUGCUCGCCUCACUCGCAUCUUCCGCUUCUUGCUCGCCUCACUCGCAUCUUCCGCUUCUUGCUCGCCUCACUCGCAUCUUCCGCUUCUUGCUCGCCUCACUCGCAUCUUCCGCUUCUUGCUCGCCUCACUCGCAUCUUCCGCUUCUUGCUCGCCUCACUCGCAUCUUCCGCUUCUUGCUCGCCUCACUCGCAUCUUCCGCUUCUUGCUCGCCUCACUCGCAUCUUCCGCUUCUUGCUCGCCUCACUCGCAUCUUCCGCUUCUUGCUCGCCUCACUCGCAUCUUCCGCUUCUUGCUCGCCUCACUCGCAUCUUCCGCUUCUUGCUCGCCUCACUCGCAUCUUCCGCUUCUUGCUCGCCUCACUCGCAUCUUCCGCUUCUUGCUCGCCUCACUCGCAUCUUCCGCUUCUUGCUCGCCUCACUCGCAUCUUCCGCUUCUUGCUCGCCUCACUCGCAUCUUCCGCUUCUUGCUCGCCUCACUCGCAUCUUCCGCUUCUUGCUCGCCUCACUCGCAUCUUCCGCUUCUUGCUCGCCUCACUCGCAUCUUCCGCUUCUUGCUCGCCUCACUCGCAUCUUCCGCUUCUUGCUCGCCUCACUCGCAUCUUCCGCUUCUUGCUCGCCUCACUCGCAUCUUCCGCUUCUUGCUCGCCUCACUCGCAUCUUCCGCUUCUUGCUCGCCUCACUCGCAUCUUCCGCUUCUUGCUCGCCUCACUCGCAUCUUCCGCUUCUUGCUCGCCUCACUCGCAUCUUCCGCUUCUUGCUCGCCUCACUCGCAUCUUCCGCUUCUUGCUCGCCUCACUCGCAUCUUCCGCUUCUUGCUCGCCUCACUCGCAUCUUCCGCUUCUUGCUCGCCUCACUCGCAUCUUCCGCUUCUUGCUCGCCUCACUCGCAUCUUCCGCUUCUUGCUCGCCUCACUCGCAUCUUCCGCUUCUUGCUCGCCUCACUCGCAUCUUCCGCUUCUUGCUCGCCUCACUCGCAUCUUCCGCUUCUUGCUCGCCUCACUCGCAUCUUCCGCUUCUUGCUCGCCUCACUCGCAUCUUCCGCUUCUUGCUCGCCUCACUCGCAUCUUCCGCUUCUUGCUCGCCUCACUCGCAUCUUCCGCUUCUUGCUCGCCUCACUCGCAUCUUCCGCUUCUUGCUCGCCUCACUCGCAUCUUCCGCUUCUUGCUCGCCUCACUCGCAUCUUCCGCUUCUUGCUCGCCUCACUCGCAUCUUCCGCUUCUUGCUCGCCUCACUCGCAUCUUCCGCUUCUUGCUCGCCUCACUCGCAUCUUCCGCUUCUUGCUCGCCUCACUCGCAUCUUCCGCUUCUUGCUCGCCUCACUCGCAUCUUCCGCUUCUUGCUCGCCUCACUCGCAUCUUCCGCUUCUUGCUCGCCUCACUCGCAUCUUCCGCUUCUUGCUCGCCUCACUCGCAUCUUCCGCUUCUUGCUCGCCUCACUCGCAUCUUCCGCUUCUUGCUCGCCUCACUCGCAUCUUCCGCUUCUUGCUCGCCUCACUCGCAUCUUCCGCUUCUUGCUCGCCUCACUCGCAUCUUCCGCUUCUUGCUCGCCUCACUCGCAUCUUCCGCUUCUUGCUCGCCUCACUCGCAUCUUCCGCUUCUUGCUCGCCUCACUCGCAUCUUCCGCUUCUUGCUCGCCUCACUCGCAUCUUCCGCUUCUUGCUCGCCUCACUCGCAUCUUCCGCUUCUUGCUCGCCUCACUCGCAUCUUCCGCUUCUUGCUCGCCUCACUCGCAUCUUCCGCUUCUUGCUCGCCUCACUCGCAUCUUCCGCUUCUUGCUCGCCUCACUCGCAUCUUCCGCUUCUUGCUCGCCUCACUCGCAUCUUCCGCUUCUUGCUCGCCUCACUCGCAUCUUCCGCUUCUUGCUCGCCUCACUCGCAUCUUCCGCUUCUUGCUCGCCUCACUCGCAUCUUCCGCUUCUUGCUCGCCUCACUCGCAUCUUCCGCUUCUUGCUCGCCUCACUCGCAUCUUCCGCUUCUUGCUCGCCUCACUCGCAUCUUCCGCUUCUUGCUCGCCUCACUCGCAUCUUCCGCUUCUUGCUCGCCUCACUCGCAUCUUCCGCUUCUUGCUCGCCUCACUCGCAUCUUCCGCUUCUUGCUCGCCUCACUCGCAUCUUCCGCUUCUUGCUCGCCUCACUCGCAUCUUCCGCUUCUUGCUCGCCUCACUCGCAUCUUCCGCUUCUUGCUCGCCUCACUCGCAUCUUCCGCUUCUUGCUCGCCUCACUCGCAUCUUCCGCUUCUUGCUCGCCUCACUCGCAUCUUCCGCUUCUUGCUCGCCUCACUCGCAUCUUCCGCUUCUUGCUCGCCUCACUCGCAUCUUCCGCUUCUUGCUCGCCUCACUCGCAUCUUCCGCUUCUUGCUCGCCUCACUCGCAUCUUCCGCUUCUUGCUCGCCUCACUCGCAUCUUCCGCUUCUUGCUCGCCUCACUCGCAUCUUCCGCUUCUUGCUCGCCUCACUCGCAUCUUCCGCUUCUUGCUCGCCUCACUCGCAUCUUCCGCUUCUUGCUCGCCUCACUCGCAUCUUCCGCUUCUUGCUCGCCUCACUCGCAUCUUCCGCUUCUUGCUCGCCUCACUCGCAUCUUCCGCUUCUUGCUCGCCUCACUCGCAUCUUCCGCUUCUUGCUCGCCUCACUCGCAUCUUCCGCUUCUUGCUCGCCUCACUCGCAUCUUCCGCUUCUUGCUCGCCUCACUCGCAUCUUCCGCUUCUUGCUCGCCUCACUCGCAUCUUCCGCUUCUUGCUCGCCUCACUCGCAUCUUCCGCUUCUUGCUCGCCUCACUCGCAUCUUCCGCUUCUUGCUCGCCUCACUCGCAUCUUCCGCUUCUUGCUCGCCUCACUCGCAUCUUCCGCUUCUUGCUCGCCUCACUCGCAUCUUCCGCUUCUUGCUCGCCUCACUCGCAUCUUCCGCUUCUUGCUCGCCUCACUCGCAUCUUCCGCUUCUUGCUCGCCUCACUCGCAUCUUCCGCUUCUUGCUCGCCUCACUCGCAUCUUCCGCUUCUUGCUCGCCUCACUCGCAUCUUCCGCUUCUUGCUCGCCUCACUCGCAUCUUCCGCUUCUUGCUCGCCUCACUCGCAUCUUCCGCUUCUUGCUCGCCUCACUCGCAUCUUCCGCUUCUUGCUCGCCUCACUCGCAUCUUCCGCUUCUUGCUCGCCUCACUCGCAUCUUCCGCUUCUUGCUCGCCUCACUCGCAUCUUCCGCUUCUUGCUCGCCUCACUCGCAUCUUCCGCUUCUUGCUCGCCUCACUCGCAUCUUCCGCUUCUUGCUCGCCUCACUCGCAUCUUCCGCUUCUUGCUCGCCUCACUCGCAUCUUCCGCUUCUUGCUCGCCUCACUCGCAUCUUCCGCUUCUUGCUCGCCUCACUCGCAUCUUCCGCUUCUUGCUCGCCUCACUCGCAUCUUCCGCUUCUUGCUCGCCUCACUCGCAUCUUCCGCUUCUUGCUCGCCUCACUCGCAUCUUCCGCUUCUUGCUCGCCUCACUCGCAUCUUCCGCUUCUUGCUCGCCUCACUCGCAUCUUCCGCUUCUUGCUCGCCUCACUCGCAUCUUCCGCUUCUUGCUCGCCUCACUCGCAUCUUCCGCUUCUUGCUCGCCUCACUCGCAUCUUCCGCUUCUUGCUCGCCUCACUCGCAUCUUCCGCUUCUUGCUCGCCUCACUCGCAUCUUCCGCUUCUUGCUCGCCUCACUCGCAUCUUCCGCUUCUUGCUCGCCUCACUCGCAUCUUCCGCUUCUUGCUCGCCUCACUCGCAUCUUCCGCUUCUUGCUCGCCUCACUCGCAUCUUCCGCUUCUUGCUCGCCUCACUCGCAUCUUCCGCUUCUUGCUCGCCUCACUCGCAUCUUCCGCUUCUUGCUCGCCUCACUCGCAUCUUCCGCUUCUUGCUCGCCUCACUCGCAUCUUCCGCUUCUUGCUCGCCUCACUCGCAUCUUCCGCUUCUUGCUCGCCUCACUCGCAUCUUCCGCUUCUUGCUCGCCUCACUCGCAUCUUCCGCUUCUUGCUCGCCUCACUCGCAUCUUCCGCUUCUUGCUCGCCUCACUCGCAUCUUCCGCUUCUUGCUCGCCUCACUCGCAUCUUCCGCUUCUUGCUCGCCUCACUCGCAUCUUCCGCUUCUUGCUCGCCUCACUCGCAUCUUCCGCUUCUUGCUCGCCUCACUCGCAUCUUCCGCUUCUUGCUCGCCUCACUCGCAUCUUCCGCUUCUUGCUCGCCUCACUCGCAUCUUCCGCUUCUUGCUCGCCUCACUCGCAUCUUCCGCUUCUUGCUCGCCUCACUCGCAUCUUCCGCUUCUUGCUCGCCUCACUCGCAUCUUCCGCUUCUUGCUCGCCUCACUCGCAUCUUCCGCUUCUUGCUCGCCUCACUCGCAUCUUCCGCUUCUUGCUCGCCUCACUCGCAUCUUCCGCUUCUUGCUCGCCUCACUCGCAUCUUCCGCUUCUUGCUCGCCUCACUCGCAUCUUCCGCUUCUUGCUCGCCUCACUCGCAUCUUCCGCUUCUUGCUCGCCUCACUCGCAUCUUCCGCUUCUUGCUCGCCUCACUCGCAUCUUCCGCUUCUUGCUCGCCUCACUCGCAUCUUCCGCUUCUUGCUCGCCUCACUCGCAUCUUCCGCUUCUUGCUCGCCUCACUCGCAUCUUCCGCUUCUUGCUCGCCUCACUCGCAUCUUCCGCUUCUUGCUCGCCUCACUCGCAUCUUCCGCUUCUUGCUCGCCUCACUCGCAUCUUCCGCUUCUUGCUCGCCUCACUCGCAUCUUCCGCUUCUUGCUCGCCUCACUCGCAUCUUCCGCUUCUUGCUCGCCUCACUCGCAUCUUCCGCUUCUUGCUCGCCUCACUCGCAUCUUCCGCUUCUUGCUCGCCUCACUCGCAUCUUCCGCUUCUUGCUCGCCUCACUCGCAUCUUCCGCUUCUUGCUCGCCUCACUCGCAUCUUCCGCUUCUUGCUCGCCUCACUCGCAUCUUCCGCUUCUUGCUCGCCUCACUCGCAUCUUCCGCUUCUUGCUCGCCUCACUCGCAUCUUCCGCUUCUUGCUCGCCUCACUCGCAUCUUCCGCUUCUUGCUCGCCUCACUCGCAUCUUCCGCUUCUUGCUCGCCUCACUCGCAUCUUCCGCUUCUUGCUCGCCUCACUCGCAUCUUCCGCUUCUUGCUCGCCUCACUCGCAUCUUCCGCUUCUUGCUCGCCUCACUCGCAUCUUCCGCUUCUUGCUCGCCUCACUCGCAUCUUCCGCUUCUUGCUCGCCUCACUCGCAUCUUCCGCUUCUUGCUCGCCUCACUCGCAUCUUCCGCUUCUUGCUCGCCUCACUCGCAUCUUCCGCUUCUUGCUCGCCUCACUCGCAUCUUCCGCUUCUUGCUCGCCUCACUCGCAUCUUCCGCUUCUUGCUCGCCUCACUCGCAUCUUCCGCUUCUUGCUCGCCUCACUCGCAUCUUCCGCUUCUUGCUCGCCUCACUCGCAUCUUCCGCUUCUUGCUCGCCUCACUCGCAUCUUCCGCUUCUUGCUCGCCUCACUCGCAUCUUCCGCUUCUUGCUCGCCUCACUCGCAUCUUCCGCUUCUUGCUCGCCUCACUCGCAUCUUCCGCUUCUUGCUCGCCUCACUCGCAUCUUCCGCUUCUUGCUCGCCUCACUCGCAUCUUCCGCUUCUUGCUCGCCUCACUCGCAUCUUCCGCUUCUUGCUCGCCUCACUCGCAUCUUCCGCUUCUUGCUCGCCUCACUCGCAUCUUCCGCUUCUUGCUCGCCUCACUCGCAUCUUCCGCUUCUUGCUCGCCUCACUCGCAUCUUCCGCUUCUUGCUCGCCUCACUCGCAUCUUCCGCUUCUUGCUCGCCUCACUCGCAUCUUCCGCUUCUUGCUCGCCUCACUCGCAUCUUCCGCUUCUUGCUCGCCUCACUCGCAUCUUCCGCUUCUUGCUCGCCUCACUCGCAUCUUCCGCUUCUUGCUCGCCUCACUCGCAUCUUCCGCUUCUUGCUCGCCUCACUCGCAUCUUCCGCUUCUUGCUCGCCUCACUCGCAUCUUCCGCUUCUUGCUCGCCUCACUCGCAUCUUCCGCUUCUUGCUCGCCUCACUCGCAUCUUCCGCUUCUUGCUCGCCUCACUCGCAUCUUCCGCUUCUUGCUCGCCUCACUCGCAUCUUCCGCUUCUUGCUCGCCUCACUCGCAUCUUCCGCUUCUUGCUCGCCUCACUCGCAUCUUCCGCUUCUUGCUCGCCUCACUCGCAUCUUCCGCUUCUUGCUCGCCUCACUCGCAUCUUCCGCUUCUUGCUCGCCUCACUCGCAUCUUCCGCUUCUUGCUCGCCUCACUCGCAUCUUCCGCUUCUUGCUCGCCUCACUCGCAUCUUCCGCUUCUUGGCCUCCUCGCUCUCCGCUCUGGCCACUCGCAUCUUCCGCUUCUUGCUCGCCUCACUCGCAUCUUCCGCUUCUUGCUCGCCUCACUCGCAUCUUCCGCUUCUUGCUCGCCUCACUCGCAUCUUCCGCUUCUUGCUCGCCUCACUCGCAUCUUCCGCUUCUUGCUCGCCUCACUCGCAUCUUCCGCUUCUUGCUCGCCUCACUCGCAUCUUCCGCUUCUUGCUCGCCUCACUCGCAUCUUCCGGCUUCUUGCUCGCCUCACUCGCAUCUUCCGCUUCUUGCUCGCCUCACUCGCAUCUUCCGCUUCUUGCUCGCCUCACUCGCAUCUUCCGCUUCUUGCUCGCCUCACUCGCAUCUUCCGCUUCUUGCUCGCCUCACUCGCAUCUUCCGCUUCUUGCUCGCCUCACUCGCAUCUUCCGCUUCUUGCUCGCCUCACUCGCAUCUUCCGCUUCUUGCUCGCCUCACUCGCAUCUUCCGCUUCUUGCUCGCCUCACUCGCAUCUUCCGCUUCUUGCUCGCCUCACUCGCAUCUUCCGCUUCUUGCUCGCCUCACUCGCAUCUUCCGCUUCUUGCUCGCCUCACUCGCAUCUUCCGCUUCUUGCUCGCCUCACUCGCAUCUUCCGCUUCUUGCUCGCCUCACUCGCAUCUUCCGCUUCUUGCUCGCCUCACUCGCAUCUUCCGCUUCUUGCUCGCCUCACUCGCAUCUUCCGCUUCUUGCUCGCCUCACUCGCAUCUUCCGCUUCUUGCUCGCCUCACUCGCAUCUUCCGCUUCUUGCUCGCCUCACUCGCAUCUUCCGCUUCUUGCUCGCCUCACUCGCAUCUUCCGCUUCUUGCUCGCCUCACUCGCAUCUUCCGCUUCUUGCUCGCCUCACUCGCAUCUUCCGCUUCUUGCUCGCCUCACUCGCAUCUUCCGCUUCUUGCUCGCCUCACUCGCAUCUUCCGCUUCUUGCUCGCCUCACUCGCAUCUUCCGCUUCUUGCUCGCCUCACUCGCAUCUUCCGCUUCUUGCUCGCCUCACUCGCAUCUUCCGCUUCUUGCUCGCCUCACUCGCAUCUUCCGCUUCUUGCUCGCCUCACUCGCAUCUUCCGCUUCUUGCUCGCCUCACUCGCAUCUUCCGCUUCUUGCUCGCCUCACUCGCAUCUUCCGCUUCUUGCUCGCCUCACUCGCAUCUUCCGCUUCUUGCUCGCCUCACUCGCAUCUUCCGCUUCUUGCUCGCCUCACUCGCAUCUUCCGCUUCUUGCUCGCCUCACUCGCAUCUUCCGCUUCUUGCUCGCCUCACUCGCAUCUUCCGCUUCUUGCUCGCCUCACUCGCAUCUUCCGCUUCUUGCUCGCCUCACUCGCAUCUUCCGCUUCUUGCUCGCCUCACUCGCAUCUUCCGCUUCUUGCUCGCCUCACUCGCAUCUUCCGCUUCUUGCUCGCCUCACUCGCAUCUUCCGCUUCUUGCUCGCCUCACUCGCAUCUUCCGCUUCUUGCUCGCCUCACUCGCAUCUUCCGCUUCUUGCUCGCCUCACUCGCAUCUUCCGCUUCUUGCUCGCCUCACUCGCAUCUUCCGCUUCUUGCUCGCCUCACUCGCAUCUUCCGCUUCUUGCUCGCCUCACUCGCAUCUUCCGCUUCUUGCUCGCCUCACUCGCAUCUUCGCUUCUUGCUCGCCUCACUCGCAUCUUCCCGCUUCUUGCUCGCCUCACUCGCAUCUUCCGCUUCUUGCUCGCCUCACUCGCAUCUUCCGCUUCUUGCUCGCCUCACUCGCAUCUUCCGCUUCUUGCUCGCCUCACUCGCAUCUUCCGCUUCUUGCUCGCCUCACUCGCAUCUUCCGCUUCUUGCUCGCCUCACUCGCAUCUUCCGCUUCUUGCUCGCCUCACUCGCAUCUUCCGCUCUUGCUCGCCUCACUCGCAUCUUCCGCUUCUUGCUCGCCUCACUCGCAUCUUCCGCUUCUUGCUCGCCUCACUCGCAUCUUCCGCUUCUUGCUCGCACUCCUCGCAUCUUCCGCUUCUUGCUCGCCUCACUCGCAUCUUCCGCUUCUUGCUCGCCUCACUCGCAUCUUCCGCUUCUUGCUCGCCUCACUCGCAUCUUCCGCUUCUUGCUCGCCUCACUCGCAUCUUCCGCUUCUUGCUCGCCUCACUCGCAUCUUCCGCUUCUUGCUCGCCUCACUCGCAUCUUCCGCUUCUUGCUCGCCUCACUCGCAUCUUCCGCUUCUUGCUCGCCUCACUCGCAUCUUCCGCUUCUUGCUCGCCUCACUCGCAUCUUCCGCUUCUUGCUCGCCUCACUCGCAUCUUCCGCUUCUUGCUCGCCUCACUCGCAUCUUCCGCUUCUUGCUCGCCUCACUCGCAUCUUCCGCUUCUUGCUCGCCUCACUCGCAUCUUCCGCUUCUUGCUCGCCUCACUCGCAUCUUCCGCUUCUUGCUCGCCUCACUCGCAUCUUCCGCUUCUUGCUCGCCUCACUCGCAUCUUCCGCUUCUUGCUCGCCUCACUCGCAUCUUCCGCUUCUUGCUCGCCUCACUCGCAUCUUCCGCUUCUUGCUCGCCUCACUCGCAUCUUCCGCUUCUUGCUCGCCUCACUCGCAUCUUCCGCUUCUUGCUCGCCUCACUCGCAUCUUCCGCUUCUUGCUCGCCUCACUCGCAUCUUCCGCUUCUUGCUCGCCUCACUCGCAUCUUCCGCUUCUUGCUCGCCUCACUCGCAUCUUCCGCUUCUUGCUCGCCUCACUCGCAUCUUCCGCUUCUUGCUCGGCCUCACUCGCAUCUUCCGCUUCUUGCUCGCCUCACUCGCAUCUUCCGCUUCUUGCUCGCCUCACUCGCAUCUUCCGCUUCUUGCUCGCCUCACUCGCAUCUUCCGCUUCUUGCUCGCCUCACUCGCAUCUUCCGCUUCUUGCUCGCCUCACUCGCAUCUUCCGCUUCUUGCUCGCCUCACUCGCAUCUUCCGCUUCUUGCUCGCCUCACUCGCAUCUUCCGCUUCUUGCUCGCCUCACUCGCAUCUUCCGCUUCUUGCUCGCCUCACUCGCAUCUUCCGCUUCUUGCUCGCCUCACUCGCAUCUUCCGCUUCUUGCUCGCCUCACUCGCAUCUUCCGCUUCUUGCUCGCCUCACUCGCAUCUUCCGCUUCUUGCUCGCCUCACUCGCAUCUUCCGCUUCUUGCUCGCCUCACUCGCAUCUUCCGCUUCUUGCUCGCCUCACUCGCAUCUUCCGCUUCUUGCUCGCCUCACUCGCAUCUUCCGCUUCUUGCUCGCCUCACUCGCAUCUUCCGCUUCUUGCUCGCCUCACUCGCAUCUUCCGCUUCUUGCUCGCCUCACUCGCAUCUUCCGCUUCUUGCUCGCCUCACUCGCAUCUUCCGCUUCUUGCUCGCCUCACUCGCAUCUUCCGCUUCUUGCUCGCCUCACUCGCAUCUUCCGCUUCUUGCUCGCCUCACUCGCAUCUUCCGCUUCUUGCUCGCCUCACUCGCAUCUUCCGCUUCUUGCUCGCCUCACUCGCAUCUUCCGCUUCUUGCUCGCCUCACUCGCAUCUCGCUCUGCUCCCUCACUCGCAUCUCGUCUUGCUCGCCUCACUCGCAUCUUCCGCUUCUUGCUCGCCUCACUCGCAUCUUCCGCUUCUUGCUCGCCUCACUCGCAUCUUCCGCUUCUUGCUCGCCUCACUCGCAUCUUCCGCUUCUUGCUCGCCUCACUCGCAUCUUCCGCUUCUUGCUCGCCUCACUCGCAUCUUCCGCUUCUUGCUCGCCUCACUCGCAUCUUCCGCUUCUUGCUCGCCUCACUCGCAUCUUCCGCUCUUGCUCGCCUCACUCGCAUCUUCCGCUUCUUGCUCGCCUCACUCGCAUCUUCCGCUUCUUGCUCGCCUCACUCGCAUCUUCCGCUUCUUGCUCGCCUCACUCGCAUCUUCCGCUUCUUGCUCGCCUCACUCGCAUCUUCCGCUUCUUGCUCGCCUCACUCGCAUCUUCCGCUUCUUGCUCGCCUCACUCGCAUCUUCCGCUUCUUGCUCGCCUCACUCGCAUCUUCCGCUUCUUGCUCGCCUCACUCGCAUCGCUCUCCGCUUCUUGCUCGCCUCACUCGCAUCUUUCGCUUCUUGCUCGCCUCACUCGCAAUCUUCCGCUUCUUGCUCGCCUCACUCGCAUCUUCCGCUUCUUGCUCGCCUCACUCGCAUCUUCCGCUUCUUGCUCGCCUCACUCGCAUCUUCCGCUUCUUGCUCGCCUCACUCGCAUCUUCGCUUCUUGCUCGCCUCACUCGCAUCUUCCGCUUCUUGCUCGCCUCACUCGCAUUCCGCUUCUUGCUCGCCUCACUCGCAUCUUCCGCUUCUUGCUCGCCUCACUCGCAUCUUCCGCUUCUUGCUCGCCUCACUCGCAUCUUCCGCUUCUUGCUCGCCUCACUCGCAUCUUCGCUUCUUGCUCGCCUCACUCGCAUCUUCCGCUUCUUGCUCGCCUCACUCGCAUCUUCCGCUUCUUGCUCGCCUCACUCGCAUCUUCGCCUUCUUGCUCGCCUCACUCGCAUCUUCCGCUUCUUGCUCGCCUCACUCGCAUCUUCCGCUUCUUGCUCGCCUCACUCGCAUCUUCCGCUUCUGCUCGCCUCACUCGCAUCUUCCGCUUCUUGCUCGCCUCACUCGCAUCUUCCGCUUCUUGCUCGCCUCACUCGCAUCUUCCGCUUCUUGCUCGGCCUCACUCGCAUCUUCCGCUUCUUGCUCGCCUCACUCGCAUCUUCCGCUUCUUGCUCGCCUCACUCGCAUCUUCCGCUUCUUGCUCGCCUCACUCGCAUCUUCCGCUUCUUGCUCGCCUCACUCGCAUCUUCCGCUUCUUGCUCGCCUCACUCGCAUCCUUCCGCUUCUUGCUCGCCUCACUCGCAUCUUCCGCUUCUUGCUCGCCUCACUCGCAUCUUCCCCUCACUCGCAUCUUCCGCUUCUUGCUCGCCUCACUCGCAUCUUCCGCUUCUUUGCUCGCCUCACUCGCAUCUUCCGCUUCUUGCUCGCCUCACUCGCAUCUUCCGCUUCUUGCUCGCCUCACUCGCAAUCUUCCGCUUCUUGCUCGCCUCACUCGCAUCUUCCGCUUCUUGCUCGCCUCACUCGCAUCUUCCGCUUCUUGCUCGCCUCACUCGCAUCUUCCGCUUCUUGCUCGCCUCACUCGCAUCUUCCGCUUCUUGCUCGCCUCACUCGCAUCUUCCGCUUCUUGCUCGCCUCACUCGCAUCUUCCGCUUCUUGCUCGCCUCACUCGCAUCUUCCGCUUCUUGCUCGCCUCACUCGCAUCUUCCGCUUCUUGCUCGCCUCACUCGCAUCUUCCGCUUCUUGCUCGCCUCACUCGCAUCUUCCGCUUCUUGCUCGCCUCACUCGCAUCUUCCGCUUCUUGCUCGCCUCACUCGCAUCUUCCGCUUCUUGCUCGCCUCACUCGCAUCUUCCGCUUCUUGCUCGCCUCACUCGCAUCUUCCGCUUCUUGCUCGCCUCACUCGCAUCUUCCGCUUCUUGCUCGCCUCACUCGCAUCUUCCGCUUCUUGCUCGCCUCACUCGCAUCUUCCGCUUCUUGCUCGCCUCACUCGCAUCUUCCGCUUCUUGCUCGCCUCACUCGCAUCUUCCGCUUCUUGCUCGCCUCACUCGCAUCUUCCGCUUCUUGCUCGCCUCACUCGCAUCUUCCGCUUCUUGCUCGCCUCACUCGCAAUCUUCCGCUUCUUGCUCGCCUCACUCGCAUCGUUGCCGGCUUCUUGCUCGCCUCACUCGCAUCUUCCGCUUCUUGCUCGCCUCACUCGCAUCUUCCGCUUCUUGCUCGCCUCACUCGCAUCUUCCGCUUCUUGCUCGCCUCACUCGCAUCUUCCGCUUCUUGCUCGCCUCACUCGCAUCUUCCGCUUCUUGCUCGCCUCACUCGCAUCUUCCGCUUCUUGCUCGCCUCACUCGCAUCUUCCGCUUCUUGCUCGCCUCACUCGCAUCUUCCGCUUCUUGCUCGCCUCACUCGCAUCUUCCGCUUCUUGCUCGCCUCACUCGCAUCUUCCGCUUCUUGCUCGCCUCACUCGCAUCUUCCGCUUCUUGCUCGCCUCACUCGCAUCUUCCGCUUCUUGCUCGCCUCACUCGCAUCUUCCGCUUCUUGCUCGCCUCACUCGCAUCUUCCGCUUCUUGCUCGCCUCACUCGCAUCUUCCGCUUCUUGCUCGCCUCACUCGCAUCUUCCGCUUCUUGCUCGCCUCACUCGCAUCUUCCGCUUCUUGCUCGCCUCGCAUCUUCCGCUUCUUGCUCGCCUCACUCGCAUCUUCCGCUUCUUGCUCGCCUCACUCGCAUCUUCCGCUUCUUGCUCGCCUCACUCGCAUCUUCCGCUUCUUGCUCGCCUCACUCGCAUCUUCCGCUUCUUGCUCGCCUCACUCGCAUCUUCCGCUUCUUGCUCGCCUCACUCGCAUCUUCCGCUUCUUGCUCGCCUCACUCGCAUCUUCCGCUUCUUGCUCGCCUCACUCGCAUCUUCCGCUUCUUGCUCGCCUCACUCGCAUCUUCCGCUUCUUGCUCGCCUCACUCGCAUCUUCCGCUUCUUGCUCGCCUCACUCGCAUCUUCCGCUUCUUGCUCGCCUCACUCGCAUCUUCCGCUUCUUGCUCGCCUCACUCGCAUCUUCCGCUUCUUGCUCGCCUCACUCGCAUCUUCCGCUUCUUGCUCGCCUCACUCGCAUCUUCCGCUUCUUGCUCGCCUCACUCGCAUCUUCCGCUUCUUGCUCGCCUCACUCGCAUCUUCCGCUUCUUGCUCGCCUCACUCGCAUCUUCCGCUUCUUGCUCGCCUCACUCGCAUCUUCCGCUUCUUGCUCGCCUCACUCGCAUCUUCCGCUUCUUGCUCGCCUCACUCGCAUCUUCCGCUUCUUGCUCGCCUCACUCGCAUCUUCCGCUUCUUGCUCGCCUCACUCGCAUCUUCCGCUUCUUGCUCGCCUCACUCGCAUCUUCCGCUUCUUGCUCGCCUCACUCGCAUCUUCCGCUUCUUGCUCGCCUCACUCGCAUCUUCCGCUUCUUGCUCGCCUCACUCGCAUCUUCCGCUUCUUGCUCGCCUCACUCGCAUCUUCCGCUUCUUGCUCGCCUCACUCGCAUCUUCCGCUUCUUGCUCGCCUCACUCGCAUCUUAUCCGCUUCUUGCUCGCCUCACUCGCAUCUUCCGCUUCUUGCUCGCCUCACUCGCAUCUUCCGCUUCUUGCUCGCCUCACUCGCAUCUUCCGCUUCUUGCUCGCCUCACUCGCAUCUUCCGCUUCUUGCUCGCCUCACUCGCAUCUUCCGCUUCUUGCUCGCCUCACUCGCAUCUUCCGCUUCUUGCUCGCCUCACUCGCAUCUUCCGCUUCUUGCUCGCCUCACUCGCAUCUUCCGCUUCUUGCUCGCCUCACUCGCAUCUUCCGCUUCUUGCUCGCCUCACUCGCAUCUUCCGCUUCUUGCUCGCCUCACUCGCAUCUUCCGCUUCUUGCUCGCCUCACUCGCAUCUUCCGCUUCUUGCUCGCCUCACUCGCAUCUUCCGCUUCUUGCUCGCCUCACUCGCAUCUUCCGCUUCUUGCUCGCCUCACUCGCAUCUUCCGCUUCUUGCUCGCCUCACUCGCAUCUUCCGCUUCUUGCUCGCCUCACUCGCAUCUUCCGCUUCUUGCUCGCCUCACUCGCAUCUUCCGCUUCUUGCUCGCCUCACUCGCAUCUUCCGCUUCUUGCUCGCCUCACUCGCAUCUUCCGCUUCUUGCUCGCCUCACUCGCAUCUUCCGCUUCUUGCUCGCCUCACUCGCAUCUUCCGCUUCUUGCUCGCCUCACUCGCAUCUUCCGCUUCUUGCUCGCCUCACUCGCAUCUUCCGCUUCUUGCUCGCCUCACUCGCAUCUUCCGCUUCUUGCUCGCCUCACUCGCAUCUUCCGCUUCUUGCUCGCCUCACUCGCAUCUUCCGGCUUCUUGCUCGCCUCACUCGCAUCUUCCGCUUCUUGCUCGCCUCACUCGCAUCUUCCGCUUCUUGCUCGCCUCACUCGCAUCUUCCGCUUCUUGCUCGCCUCACUCGCAUCUUCCGCUUCUUGCUCGCCUCACUCGCAUCUUCCGCUUCUUGCUCGCCUCACUCGCAUCUUCCGCUUCUUGCUCGCCUCACUCGCAUCUUCCGCUUCUUGCUCGCCUCACUCGCAUCUUCCGCUUCUUGCUCGCCUCACUCGCAUCUUCCGCUUCUUGCUCGCCUCACUCGCAUCUUCCGCUUCUUGCUCGCCUCACUCGCAUCUUCCGCUUCUUGCUCGCCUCACUCGCAUCUUCCGCUUCUUGCUCGCCUCACUCGCAUCUUCCGCUUCUUGCUCGCCUCACUCGCAUCUUCCGCUUCUUGCUCGCCUCACUCGCAUCUUCCGCUUCUUGCUCGCCUCACUCACUCGCUACCCCCCGCAUCUUCCGCUUCUUGCUCGCCUCACUCGCAUCUUCCGCUUCUUGCUCGCCUCACUCGCAUCUUCCGCUUCUUGCUCGCCUCACUCGCAUCUUCCGCUUCUUGCUCGCCUCACUCGCAUCUUCCGCUUCUUGCUCGCCUCACUCGCAUCUUCCGCUUCUUGCUCGCCUCACUCGCAUCUUCCGCUUCUUGCUCGCCUCACUCGCAUCUUCCGCUUCUUGCUCGCCUCACUCGCAUCUUCCGCUUCUUGCUCGCCUCACUCGCAUCUUCCGCUUCUUGCUCGCCUCACUCGCAUCUUCCGCUUCUUGCUCGCCUCACUCGCAUCUUCCGCUUCUUGCUCGCCUCACUCGCAUCUUCCGCUUCUUGCUCGCCUCACUCGCAUCUUCCGCUUCUUGCUCGCCUCACUCGCAUCUUCCGCUUCUUGCUCGCCUCACUCGCAUCUUCCGCUUCUUGCUCGCCUCACUCGCAUCUUCCGCUUCUUGCUCGCCUCACUCGCAUCUUCCGCUUCUUGCUCGCCUCACUCGCAUCUUCCGCUUCUUGCUCGCCUCACUCGCAUCUUCCGCUUCUUGCUCGCCUCACUCGCAUCUUCCGCUUCUUGCUCGCCUCACUCGCAUCUUCCGCUUCUUGCUCGCCUCACUCGCAUCUUCCGCUUCUUGCUCGCCUCACUCGCAUCUUCCGCUUCUUGCUCGCCUCACUCGCAUCUUCCGCUUCUUGCUCGCCUCACUCGCAUCUUCCGCUUCUUGCUCGCCUCACUCGCAUCUUCCGCUUCUUGCUCGCCUCACUCGCAUCUUCCGCUUCUUGCUCGCCUCACUCGCAUCUUCCGCUUCUUGCUCGCCUCACUCGCAUCUUCCGCUUCUUGCUCGCCUCACUCGCAUCUUCCGCUUCUUGCUCGCCUCACUCGCAUCUUCCGCUUCUUGCUCGCCUCACUCGCAUCUUCCGCUUCUUGCUCGCCUCACUCGCAUCUUCCGCUUCUUGCUCGCCUCACUCGCAUCUUCCGCUUCUUGCUCGCCUCACUCGCAUCUUCCGCUUCUUGCUCGCCUCACUCGCAUCUUCCGCUUCUUGCUCGCCUCACUCGCAUCUUCCGCUUCUUGCUCGCCUCACUCGCAUCUUCCGCUUCUUGCUCGCCUCACUCGCAUCUUCCGCUUCUUGCUCGCCUCACUCGCAUCUUCCGCUUCUUGCUCGCCUCACUCGCAUCUUCCGCUUCUUGCUCGCCUCACUCGCAUCUUCCGCUUCUUGCUCGCCUCACUCGCAUCUUCCGCUUCUUGCUCGCCUCACUCGCAUCUUCCGCUUCUUGCUCGCCUCACUCGCAUCUUCCGCUUCUUGCUCGCCUCACUCGCAUCUUCCGCUUCUUGCUCGCCUCACUCGCAUCUUCCGCUUCUUGCUCGCCUCACUCGCAUCUUCCGCUUCUUGCUCGCCUCACUCGCAUCUUCCGCUUCUUGCUCGCCUCACUCGCAUCUUCCGCUUCUUGCUCGCCUCACUCGCAUCUUCCGCUUCUUGCUCGCCUCACUCGCAUCUUCCGCUUCUUGCUCGCCUCACUCGCAUCUUCCGCUUCUUGCUCGCCUCACUCGCAUCUUCCGCUUCUUGCUCGCCUCACUCGCAUCUUCGCUCUUGGCUCACCGCAUUCUUGCUCGCCUCACUCGCAUCUUCCGCUUCUUGCUCGCCUCACUCGCAUCUUCCGCUUCUUGCUCGCCUCACUCGCAUCUUCCGCUUCUUGCUCGCCUCACUCGCAUCUUCCGCUUCUUGCUCGCCUCACUCGCAUCUUCCGCUUCUUGCUCGCCUCACUCGCAUCUUCCGCUUCUUGCUCGCCUCACUCGCAUCUUCCGCUUCUUGCUCGCCUCACUCGCAUCUUCCGCUUCUUGCUCGCCUCACUCGCAUCUUCCGCUUCUUGCUCGCCUCACUCGCAUCUUCCGCUUCUUGCUCGCCUCACUCGCAUCUUCCGCUUCUUGCUCGCCUCACUCGCAUCUUCCGCUUCUUGCUCGCCUCACUCGCAUCUUCCGCUUCUUGCUCGCCUCACUCGCAUCUUCCGCUUCUUGCUCGCCUCACUCGCAUCUUCCGCUUCUUGCUCGCCUCACUCGCAUCUUCCGCUUCUUGCUCGCCUCACUCGCAUCUUCCGCUUCUUGCUCGCCUCACUCGCAUCUUCCGCUUCUUGCUCGCCUCACUCGCAUCUUCCGCUUCUUGCUCGCCUCACUCGCAUCUUCCGCUUCUUGCUCGCCUCACUCGCAUCUUCCGCUUCUUGCUCGCCUCACUCGCAUCUUCCGCUUCUUGCUCGCCUCACUCGCAUCUUCCGCUUCUUGCUCGCCUCACUCGCAUCUUCCGCUUCUUGCUCGCCUCACUCGCAUCUUCCGCUUCUUGCUCGCCUCACUCGCAUCUUCCGCUUCUUGCUCGCCUCACUCGCAUCUUCCGCUUCUUGCUCGCCUCACUCGCAUCUUCCGCUUCUUGCUCGCCUCACUCGCAUCUUCCGCUUCUUGCUCGCCUCACUCGCAUCUUCCGCUUCUUGCUCGCCUCACUCGCAUCUUCCGCUUCUUGCUCGCCUCACUCGCAUCUUCCGCUUCUUGCUCGCCUCACUCGCAUCUUCCGCUUCUUGCUCGCCUCACUCGCAUCUUCCGCUUCUUGCUCGCCUCACUCGCAUCUUCCGCUUCUUGCUCGCCUCACUCGCAUCUUCCGCUUCUUGCUCGCCUCACUCGCAUCUUCCGCUUCUUGCUCGCCUCACUCGCAUCUUCCGCUUCUUGCUCGCCUCACUCGCAUCUUCCGCUUCUUGCUCGCCUCACUCGCAUCUUCCGCUUCUUGCUCGCCUCACUCGCAUCUUCCGCUUCUUGCUCGCCUCACUCGCAUCUUCCGCUUCUUGCUCGCCUCACUCGCAUCUUCCGCUUCUUGCUCGCCUCACUCGCAUCUUCCGCUUCUUGCUCGCCUCACUCGCAUCUUCCGCUUCUUGCUCGCCUCACUCGCAUCUUCCGCUUCUUGCUCGCCUCACUCGCAUCUUCCGCUUCUUGCUCGCCUCACUCGCAUCUUCCGCUUCUUGCUCGCCUCACUCGCAUCUUCCGCUUCUUGCUCGCCUCACUCGCAUCUUCCGCUUCUUGCUCGCCUCACUCGCAUCUUCCGCUUCUUGCUCGCCUCACUCGCAUCUUCCGCUUCUUGCUCGCCUCACUCGCAUCUUCCGCUUCUUGCUCGCCUCACUCGCAUCUUCCGCUUCUUGCUCGCCUCACUCGCAUCUUCCGCUUCUUGCUCGCCUCACUCGCAUCUUCCGCUUCUUGCUCGCCUCACUCGCAUCUUCCGCUUCUUGCUCGCCUCACUCGCAUCUUCCGCUUCUUGCUCGCCUCACUCGCAUCUUCCGCUUCUUGCUCGCCUCACUCGCAUCUUCCGCUUCUUGCUCGCCUCACUCGCAUCUUCCGCUUCUUGCUCGCCUCACUCGCAUCUUCCGCUUCUUGCUCGCCUCACUCGCAUCUUCCGCUUCUUGCUCGCCUCACUCGCAUCUUCCGCUUCUUGCUCGCCUCACUCGCAUCUUCCGCUUCUUGCUCGCCUCACUCGCAUCUUCCGCUUCUUGCUCGCCUCACUCGCAUCUUCCGCUUCUUGCUCGCCUCACUCGCAUCUUCCGCUUCUUGCUCGCCUCACUCGCAUCUUCCGCUUCUUGCUCGCCUCACUCGCAUCUUCCGCUUCUUGCUCGCCUCACUCGCAUCUUCCGCUUCUUGCUCGCCUCACUCGCAUCUUCCGCUUCUUGCUCGCCUCACUCGCAUCUUCCGCUUCUUGCUCGCCUCACUCGCAUCUUCCGCUUCUUGCUCGCCUCACUCGCAUCUUCCGCUUCUUGCUCGCCUCACUCGCAUCUUCCGCUUCUUGCUCGCCUCACUCGCAUCUUCCGCUUCUUGCUCGCCUCACUCGCAUCUUCCGCUUCUUGCUCGCCUCACUCGCAUCUUCCGCUUCUUGCUCGCCUCACUCGCAUCUUCCGCUUCUUGCUCGCCUCACUCGCAUCUUCCGCUUCUUGCUCGCCUCACUCGCAUCUUCCGCUUCUUGCUCGCCUCACUCGCAUCUUCCGCUUCUUGCUCGCCUCACUCGCAUCUUCCGCUUCUUGCUCGCCUCACUCGCAUCUUCCGCUUCUUGCUCGCCUCACUCGCAUCUUCCGCUUCUUGCUCGCCUCACUCGCAUCUUCCGCUUCUUGCUCGCCUCACUCGCAUCUUCCGCUUCUUGCUCGCCUCACUCGCAUCUUCCGCUUCUUGCUCGCCUCACUCGCAUCUUCCGCUUCUUGCUCGCCUCACUCGCAUCUUCCGCUUCUUGCUCGCCUCACUCGCAUCUUCCGCUUCUUGCUCGCCUCACUCGCAUCUUCCGCUUCUUGCUCGCCUCACUCGCAUCUUCCGCUUCUUGCUCGCCUCACUCGCAUCUUCCGCUUCUUGCUCGCCUCACUCGCAUCUUCCGCUUCUUGCUCGCCUCACUCGCAUCUUCCGCUUCUUGCUCGCCUCACUCGCAUCUUCCGCUUCUUGCUCGCCUCACUCGCAUCUUCCGCUUCUUGCUCGCCUCACUCGCAUCUUCCGCUUCUUGCUCGCCUCACUCGCAUCUUCCGCUUCUUGCUCGCCUCACUCGCAUCUUCCGCUUCUUGCUCGCCUCACUCGCAUCUUCCGCUUCUUGCUCGCCUCACUCGCAUCUUCCGCUUCUUGCUCGCCUCACUCGCAUCUUCCGCUUCUUGCUCGCCUCACUCGCAUCUUCCGCUUCUUGCUCGCCUCACUCGCAUCUUCCGCUUCUUGCUCGCCUCACUCGCAUCUUCCGCUUCUUGCUCGCCUCACUCGCAUCUUCCGCUUCUUGCUCGCCUCACUCGCAUCUUCCGCUUCUUGCUCGCCUCACUCGCAUCUUCCGCUUCUUGCUCGCCUCACUCGCAUCUUCCGCUUCUUGCUCGCCUCACUCGCAUCUUCCGGCUUCUUGCUCGCCUCACUCGCAUCUUCCGCUUCUUGCUCGCCUCACUCGCAUCUUCCGCUUCUUGCUCGCCUCACUCGCAUCUUCCGCUUCUUGCUCGCCUCACUCGCAUCUUCCGCUUCUUGCUCGCCUCACUCGCAUCUUCCGCUUCUUGCUCGCCUCACUCGCAUCUUCCGCUUCUUGCUCGCCUCACUCGCAUCUUCCGCUUCUUGCUCGCCUCACUCGCAUCUUCCGCUUCUUGCUCGCCUCACUCGCAUCUUCCGCUUCUUGCUCGCCUCACUCGCAUCUUCCGCUUCUUGCUCGCCUCACUCGCAUCUUCCGCUUCUUGCUCGCCUCACUCGCAUCUUCCGCUUCUUGCUCGCCUCACUCGCAUCUUCCGCUUCUUGCUCGCCUCACUCGCAAUCUUCCGCUUCUUGCUCGCCUCACUCGCAUCUUCCGCUUCUUGCUCGCCUCACUCGCAUCUUCCGCUUCUUGCUCGCCUCACUCGCAUCUUCCGCUUCUUGCUCGCCUCACUCGCAUCUUCCGCUUCUUGCUCGCCUCACUCGCAUCUUCCGCUUCUUGCUCGCCUCACUCGCAUCUUCCGCUUCUUGCUCGCCUCACUCGCAUCUUCCGCUUCUUGCUCGCCUCACUCGCAUCUUCCGCUUCUUGCUCGCCUCACUCGCAUCUUCCGCUUCUUGCUCGCCUCACUCGCAUCUUCCGCUUCUUGCUCGCCUCACUCGCAUCUUCCGCUUCUUGCUCGCCUCACUCGCAUCUUCCGCUUCUUGCUCGCCUCACUCGCAUCUUCCGCUUCUUGCUCGCCUCACUCGCAUCUUCCGCUUCUUGCUCGCCUCACUCGCAUCUUCCGCUUCUUGCUCGCCUCACUCGCAUCUUCCGCUUCUUGCUCGCCUCACUCGCAUCUUCCGCUUCUUGCUCGCCUCACUCGCAUCUUCCGCUUCUUGCUCGCCUCACUCGCAUCUUCCGCUUCUUGCUCGCCUCACUCGCAUCUUCCGCUUCUUGCUCGCCUCACUCGCAUCUUCCGCUUCUUGCUCGCCUCACUCGCAUCUUCCGCUUCUUGCUCGCCUCACUCGCAUCUUCCGCUUCUUGCUCGCCUCACUCGCAUCUUCCGCUUCUUGCUCGCCUCACUCGCAUCUUCCGCUUCUUGCUCGCCUCACUCGCAUCUUCCGCUUCUUGCUCGCCUCACUCGCAUCUUCCGCUUCUUGCUCGCCUCACUCGCAUCUUCCGCUUCUUGCUCGCCUCACUCGCAUCUUCCGCUUCUUGCUCGCCUCACUCGCAUCUUCCGCUUCUUGCUCGCCUCACUCGCAUCUUCCGCUUCUUGCUCGCCUCACUCGCAUCUUCCGCUUCUUGCUCGCCUCACUCGCAUCUUCCGCUUCUUGCUCGCCUCACUCGCAUCUUCCGCUUCUUGCUCGCCUCACUCGCAUCUUCCGCUUCUUGCUCGCCUCACUCGCAUCUUCCGCUUCUUGCUCGCCUCACUCGCAUCUUCCGCUUCUUGCUCGCCUCACUCGCAUCUUCCGCUUCUUGCUCGCCUCACUCGCAUCUUCCGCUUCUUGCUCGCCUCACUCGCAUCUUCCGCUUCUUGCUCGCCUCACUCGCAUCUUCCGCUUCUUGCUCGCCUCACUCGCAUCUUCCGCUUCUUGCUCGCCUCACUCGCAUCUUCCGCUUCUUGCUCGCCUCACUCGCAUCUUCCGCUUCUUGCUCGCCUCACUCGCAUCUUCCGCUUCUUGCUCGCCUCACUCGCAUCUUCCGCUUCUUGCUCGCCUCACUCGCAUCUUCCGCUUCUUGCUCGCCUCACUCGCAUCUUCCGCUUCUUGCUCGCCUCACUCGCAUCUUCCGCUUCUUGCUCGCCUCACUCGCAUCUUCCGCUUCUUGCUCGCCUCACUCGCAUCUUCCGCUUCUUGCUCGCCUCACUCGCAUCUUCCGCUUCUUGCUCGCCUCACUCGCAUCUUCCGCUUCUUGCUCGCCUCACUCGCAUCUUCCGCUUCUUGCUCGCCUCACUCGCAUCUUCCGCUUCUUGCUCGCCUCACUCGCAUCUUCCGCUUCUUGCUCGCCUCACUCGCAUCUUCCGCUUCUUGCUCGCCUCACUCGCAUCUUCCGCUUCUUGCUCGCCUCACUCGCAUCUUCCGCUUCUUGCUCGCCUCACUCGCAUCUUCCGCUUCUUGCUCGCCUCACUCGCAUCUUCCGCUUCUUGCUCGCCUCACUCGCAUCUUCCGCUUCUUGCUCGCCUCACUCGCAUCUUCCGCUUCUUGCUCGCCUCACUCGCAUCUUCCGCUUCUUGCUCGCCUCACUCGCAUCUUCCGCUUCUUGCUCGCCUCACUCGCAUCUUCCGCUUCUUGCUCGCCUCACUCGCAUCUUCCGCUUCUUGCUCGCCUCACUCGCAUCUUCCGCUUCUUGCUCGCCUCACUCGCAUCUUCCGCUUCUUGCUCGCCUCACUCGCAUCUUCCGCUUCUUGCUCGCCUCACUCGCAUCUUCCGCUUCUUGCUCGCCUCACUCGCAUCUUCCGCUUCUUGCUCGCCUCACUCGCAUCUUCCGCUUCUUGCUCGCCUCACUCGCAUCUUCCGCUUCUUGCUCGCCUCACUCGCAUCUUCCGCUUCUUGCUCGCCUCACUCGCAUCUUCCGCUUCUUGCUCGCCUCACUCGCAUCUUCCGCUUCUUGCUCGCCUCACUCGCAUCUUCCGCUUCUUGCUCGCCUCACUCGCAUCUUCCGCUUCUUGCUCGCCUCACUCGCAUCUUCCGCUUCUUGCUCGCCUCACUCGCAUCUUCCGCUUCUUGCUCGCCUCACUCGCAUCUUCCGCUUCUUGCUCGCCUCACUCGCAUCUUCCGCUUCUUGCUCGCCUCACUCGCAUCUUCCGCUUCUUGCUCGCCUCACUCGCAUCUUCCGCUUCUUGCUCGCCUCACUCGCAUCUUCCGCUUCUUGCUCGCCUCACUCGCAUCUUCCGCUUCUUGCUCGCCUCACUCGCAUCUUCCGCUUCUUGCUCGCCUCACUCGCAUCUUCCGCUUCUUGCUCGCCUCACUCGCAUCUUCCGCUUCUUGCUCGCCUCACUCGCAUCUUCCGCUUCUUGCUCGCCUCACUCGCAUCUUCCGCUUCUUGCUCGCCUCACUCGCAUCUUCCGCUUCUUGCUCGCCUCACUCGCAUCUUCCGCUUCUUGCUCGCCUCACUCGCAUCUUCCGCUUCUUGCUCGCCUCACUCGCAUCUUCCGCUUCUUGCUCGCCUCACUCGCAUCUUCCGCUUCUUGCUCGCCUCACUCGCAUCUUCCGCUUCUUGCUCGCCUCACUCGCAUCUUCCGCUUCUUGCUCGCCUCACUCGCAUCUUCCGCUUCUUGCUCGCCUCACUCGCAUCUUCCGCUUCUUGCUCGCCUCACUCGCAUCUUCCGCUUCUUGCUCGCCUCACUCGCAUCUUCCGCUUCUUGCUCGCCUCACUCGCAUCUUCCGCUUCUUGCUCGCCUCACUCGCAUCUUCCGCUUCUUGCUCGCCUCACUCGCAUCUUCCGCUUCUUGCUCGCCUCACUCGCAUCUUCCGCUUCUUGCUCGCCUCACUCGCAUCUUCCGCUUCUUGCUCGCCUCACUCGCAUCUUCCGCUUCUUGCUCGCCUCACUCGCAUCUUCCGCUUCUUGCUCGCCUCACUCGCAUCUUCCGCUUCUUGCUCGCCUCACUCGCAUCUUCCGCUUCUUGCUCGCCUCACUCGCAUCUUCCGCUUCUUGCUCGCCUCACUCGCAUCUUCCGCUUCUUGCUCGCCUCACUCGCAUCUUCCGCUUCUUGCUCGCCUCACUCGCAUCUUCCGCUUCUUGCUCGCCUCACUCGCAUCUUCCGCUUCUUGCUCGCCUCACUCGCAUCUUCCGCUUCUUGCUCGCCUCACUCGCAUCUUCCGCUUCUUGCUCGCCUCACUCGCAUCUUCCGCUUCUUGCUCGCCUCACUCGCAUCUUCCGCUUCUUGCUCGCCUCACUCGCAUCUUCCGCUUCUUGCUCGCCUCACUCGCAUCUUCCGCUUCUUGCUCGCCUCACUCGCAUCUUCCGCUUCUUGCUCGCCUCACUCGCAUCUUCCGCUUCUUGCUCGCCUCACUCGCAUCUUCCGCUUCUUGCUCGCCUCACUCGCAUCUUCCGCUUCUUGCUCGCCUCACUCGCAUCUUCCGCUUCUUGCUCGCCUCACUCGCAUCUUCCGCUUCUUGCUCGCCUCACUCGCAUCUUCCGCUUCUUGCUCGCCUCACUCGCAUCUUCCGCUUCUUGCUCGCCUCACUCGCAUCUUCCGCUUCUUGCUCGCCUCACUCGCAUCUUCCGCUUCUUGCUCGCCUCACUCGCAUCUUCCGCUUCUUGCUCGCCUCACUCGCAUCUUCCGCUUCUUGCUCGCCUCACUCGCAUCUUCCGCUUCUUGCUCGCCUCACUCGCAUCUUCCGCUUCUUGCUCGCCUCACUCGCAUCUUCCGCUUCUUGCUCGCCUCACUCGCAUCUUCCGCUUCUUGCUCGCCUCACUCGCAUCUUCCGCUUCUUGCUCGCCUCACUCGCAUCUUCCGCUUCUUGCUCGCCUCACUCGCAUCUUCCGCUUCUUGCUCGCCUCACUCGCAUCUUCCGCUUCUUGCUCGCCUCACUCGCAUCUUCCGCUUCUUGCUCGCCUCACUCGCAUCUUCCGCUUCUUGCUCGCCUCACUCGCAUCUUCCGCUUCUUGCUCGCCUCACUCGCAUCUUCCGCUUCUUGCUCGCCUCACUCGCAUCUUCCGCUUCUUGCUCGCCUCACUCGCAUCUUCCGCUUCUUGCUCGCCUCACUCGCAUCUUCCGCUUCUUGCUCGCCUCACUCGCAUCUUCCGCUUCUUGCUCGCCUCACUCGCAUCUUCCGCUUCUUGCUCGCCUCACUCGCAUCUUCCGCUUCUUGCUCGCCUCACUCGCAUCUUCCGCUUCUUGCUCGCCUCACUCGCAUCUUCCGCUUCUUGCUCGCCUCACUCGCAUCUUCCGCUUCUUGCUCGCCUCACUCGCAUCUUCCGCUUCUUGCUCGCCUCACUCGCAUCUUCCGCUUCUUGCUCGCCUCACUCGCAUCUUCCGCUUCUUGCUCGCCUCACUCGCAUCUUCCGCUUCUUGCUCGCCUCACUCGCAUCUUCCGCUUCUUGCUCGCCUCACUCGCAUCUUCCGCUUCUUGCUCGCCUCACUCGCAUCUUCCGCUUCUUGCUCGCCUCACUCGCAUCUUCCGCUUCUUGCUCGCCUCACUCGCAUCUUCCGCUUCUUGCUCGCCUCACUCGCAUCUUCCGCUUCUUGCUCGCCUCACUCGCAUCUUCCGCUUCUUGCUCGCCUCACUCGCAUCUUCCGCUUCUUGCUCGCCUCACUCGCAUCUUCCGCUUCUUGCUCGCCUCACUCGCAUCUUCCGCUUCUUGCUCGCCUCACUCGCAUCUUCCGCUUCUUGGCUCGGCCUCACUCGCAUCUUCCGCUUCUUGCUCGCCUCACUCGCAUCUUCCGCUUCUUGCUCGCCUCACUCGCAUCUUCCGCUUCUUGCUCGCCUCACUCGCAUCUUCCGCUUCUUGCUCGCCUCACUCGCAUCUUCCGCUUCUUGCUCGCCUCACUCGCAUCUUCCGCUUCUUGCUCGCCUCACUCGCAUCUUCCGCUUCUUGCUCGCCUCACUCGCAUCUUCCGCUUCUUGCUCGCCUCACUCGCACCUUCCGCUUCUUGCUCGCCUCACUCGCAUCUUCCGCUUCUUGCUCGCCUCACUCGCAUCUUCCGCUUCUUGCUCGCCUCACUCGCAUCUUCCGCUUCUUGCUCGCCUCACUCGCAUCUUCCGCUUCUUGCUCGCCUCACUCGCAUCUUCCGCUUCUUGCUCGCCUCACUCGCAUCUUCCGCUUCUUGCUCGCCUCACUCGCAUCUUCCGCUUCUUGCUCGCCUCACUCGCAUCUUCCGCUACGAAUGUCCCACCUAUCACUCCCCAUUGCAACCUAUCUGUUACCCACCUGUUCUUUCGUCCCCCCUCCCUGCAGGCCCCUUGGCCAGUAUCUGCGGUGGUGCCCCCAGCCGCCCUGCAGGGUUACAACCGCCUCUUCCGCUUCCUGCUCGCCGCCAGGCGAACCCACCUGCACCUCGCCUUCGCAUGGUCUGCCCUGCAGGUAG